GCCGUCCGCCGGAAGUCCCGAAAGCUAUCUCCAGGGCAGGGAGCAGUGAGAGCUGAGUUUGCCCACGGAGUCCUGCGUCGCGGUCGCGGUUUCUCUGGCCACACUUGGGGACUACAGAGUGGCCAACAAAACCUGCAUCAUCAUCAUCUAAUUUGUGACAAGGAUAACAUUGCAGUGCAAAGAGACAAAGAUAAUUUCAAGGAUGGUGCUGACUCAUGCAUUAUCCACGAAUGAAAAAUCCUGACCUAGUCUACCUCACACCGUGAACAAAACUCAGUACCAUAUGGAUUGCAAAAUUAAUUAUGGAAGGAAGAAAUGUCAUACGAAAAAGGAAAUCCAAAGCGGGAAAUCAUUUCCAAACUCCACUGUUCCGCUGCAGAAGGGGAUGUUGCCCAGUUGGCAGGGAUACUCAGUCAUUCUCCAUCCCUGCUCAACGCAACCUCUGAAAAUGGCUGGACCGCCUUAAUGUAUGCGGCACGGAACGGGCAUCCUGAUGCUGUCCAGCUUCUGCUUGACAAAGGAUGUGACAGGUCACUUGUCAACAAGUCACAUCAAACUGCGCUGGAUAUCGCUGUAUUUUGGGGUUAUAAGCACAUAGCUAACAUGUUAGCUAAUGCAAAAGGUGGGAAGAAGCCUUGGUUCCUAACCAGUGAAGUAGACGAAUGUGAAAAUUAUUUUAGCAGAACACUACUGGACCGGAGGAGUGACAAAAGAAAUAAUUGUGACUGGCUGCAAGCUAAAGAGAGCCACCCAGCCACCAUUUAUAUCCUUUUCUCAGACCUAAACCCCCUGGUUACUCUGGGUGGCAACAAAGAGAGUUCCCAGCAGCCGGAAGUCAGGCUCUGCCAGCUGAACCAUGCAGAUGUAAAGGAUUUCUUGGCGCACCCUGAGAAGAUCACCUUGGUGUUCCUUGGAGUAGAACUCGAGAUGAGAAAGGGGUGGCGUAAGAAUACUGAAGGCGUCCCAGAGGAAGACGAGGAUGGUCUGGUUGCUUGGUUUGCUCUCGGCAUCGAACCUGUCGCCGCUGAAGAGUUUAAGCAAAGACAUGAAAACUGUUAUUUUCUGCACCCUCCGAUGCCGGCUCUUUUGCAGCUGAAAGAAAAAGAAGCCGGGGUUGUAGCUCAAGCAAGAUCUGUUCUCGCAUGGCAUAAUCGAUACAAGUUCUGCCCAACCUGUGGCAGCGCAACUAAAAUCGAAGAAGGUGGCUAUAAAAGAGUGUGUUUAAAAGAAAACUGUCCCAGUCUGCAUGGCGUCCACAAUACAUCAUAUCCAAGAGUUGAUCCAGUAGUGAUCAUGCAGGUUAUCCACCCAGAUGGAACCAAAUGUCUUUUAGGCAGGCAAAAGCGAUUCCCCCCAGGCAUGUUUACUUGUCUCGCUGGAUUUAUUGAACCUGGGGAGACAAUAGAAGAUGCUGUGCGGAGAGAAGUAGAAGAGGAAAGUGGAGUCAAGGUUGGCCAUGUUGAGUAUGUCUCUUGUCAGCCAUGGCCAAUGCCCUCCUCCUUAAUGAUUGGUUGUUUAGCUGUGGCAGUGUCUACAGAAAUUAAAGUUGACAAGAAUGAAAUAGAGGAUGCCCGAUGGUUCACUAGAGAACAGGUUAUGGAUGUUCUUACCAAAGGGAAGCAGCAAGCAUUCUUUGUACCACCAAGCCGAGCUAUUGCACAUCAAUUAAUCAAACACUGGGUUAGAAUGAACCCCAAUCUCUAAAUGAAAAAUACUAGCAUCUGUGGAGUAUUAUUUAAUUUUUAAUACUACUUAUUUCUCAAAUAAGAUUAGAUCUAUUUAUUGAUCUGUAAAUCCUAUAACAUAAAAUUUGGGGGUCUCAAAAGUACUUUACAUGUUCUUUCCUUAUUAACUACAAAAUUCAUAGUUUUGUAAAUUAGAAUGUUGCCUAGGCCUGUAAACAUUUUUGUUGUGCUUUACAAUUUUAUCUCACAAAACUAUUUCUACAAAGAAAGAUCAUGUUGGAAUGUAGUGUGUUCUAGAAAUGGGAUGAACAUGAAUUCACCUCUUACAAAGACUAGAUUUCUUGUUGGAGGAAUGCAUCAAAAUAACUUUAAUGAAUUUUGAGCUUCGAUGUGUAUUUAGUCAUCUCAUGAACAUUCUCUUGGCCUAGUGUCCUAGUGACAGUACUGUUAUGGUUUUACUUCUAAUUUAAUCUGACUAGUGUUAAGAAUGAUUUUAUUUUGACAAUUUACCCAUUACUGAUCUCAGAAUACAACAGUCAUGGGGAGAGAACACAUGAACACCAAUGAUUUUGGGGCCUCACUGUUAAACCCAAGCUAACUACUAUAUCUGUCUGUUUUACUUCUACUUAAAGUUUUUAUUAUUUCAAGUGAAGAUUCUCCAAUUUUCCACAGGACUUUAACAUUUUGGAAAGGAAUUCUUGAAGGUCGGAAACUAAAUCUCAAGUAUAUUUACGUAUUAAAAAAAGCAUUGGCUUUAAUUAAUUUUGUGAUGAGGAAUGUAUUAUGUAUUUCUUUUGGCAAAAAAUAUAAUAAUUCCCAUCAGUAUUUAUGACACUGAAAUAUGAUAUCUUGUCUUUGACCUUAUUUCAUCACAUCCUAAGCAACCGUAUAUGCUUUAGAAAUAUGCUAAGAUCCUAGAGAAAAUAAAUGCGGUAUCUCACAGUUUUACAGUAGACAUGUAUAUUUUACUUGGCUGUUCUGCAGUUGUUUUAACUAUAUAAAUGUACACAUUUGGCCUCUUCCCUAUUCUGUUCAAACUUGAAGAGAUCUUAGGCACAAUAAUGUUGAACAUAAUGAAUGUAACAGUUUGUAGCAGGCAACUAAGAACUAGUUUUUCCCUGUAAAAGGAAACAGAAGCUACUACCAAAAACAUCUAUAGAAUAGGGGCCUAGAAAAAUGGCUGAGUCAUUAAGGCACUUGCUGUGUGGUCAUGAGGAAUGAAGUUCAGCUCCUCUGCACCCAUUUAAAGAAUGGGGUCCAGAGACAUAAAUAUAUAGCCCUGAUUUAAGAGGCAGAAACAUCAGUAUCCUGGGGACUUGUCUAGCCAGUCUAAUGAAUCAAUAAACACAAUGAGAGACCGUCUCCAAACACAAGGUGAAAGGCUGGAGGUGGCUCAGUGGUGAAGAACAUUUUCUCUUCAUUCUUGGGAAGGACCAGUUUGGUUCCCAAGGUCCUCCUCAGUCAGCUCACAGCUACCUGCAUCUACAGCUCCAUGGCAUUCAAGACCAUCUUCUGGCCUCCUCAGGCACCUAUAUGGUGUCUUCCACCUCUACACACACACACACACACACACACACACACACACACACACACACACACACACACACACACACACACACACACACCGGAAUAGGCUAAAAGGAGUAAUGAGAGGAAGAAUUAACUUAGCUUAUCAAAUGUUAAUUCAAAUGUUUGAUGUAGUACUUACAUUUUUUAACCUAAAUAACACUUUGUCUGAGAAUGUAUUUCACUAAUGAAUACUACUAACUAGUUAAUGAAAGCUUAUUAGAAACAGAACCAUAGAUCAAACCAAAACCCAUACAGGCCAUUUAGAUACAUGGUAAGUUGGAGCUAUAUAGCUAUACUAAAAUAAUGUACUAGAUUAUUAUGAAACACAAUCGACUGAAGUUCAUUUUUAUUCCAAAUGUGCUUCUUACUACCCAUAGUGAGUAAAUUACUGUUUUAAUAAUCAUUCCUAAAUUGUGACCUUGCAGAGGUGAGGAGAGAUGUGAAUAGUAACACCUGCUACCUUAACCAGUUCUCGAGGGGCGAGCGUCACCCAGGUGUUCCCAUGGAAAUCACUGUAACAGUGCGUUACCAUAUAUUCUGUUUGUGUAUUGUGAGUGCUUUUAAUGUUUUGAUGAGUUUCUUUGACACAAAAAGAAAUUUUAGCCUUCAUCGUGUGCAUGGAAGAUUGUAUUUUCCUUUUUACUUUUCUUUGUUUUGUUUUUUUUGAAUUGUAAUCUCAUUGUACCCCAAGAAAGACUCAAAAUGACAAUCUUUUUUUUUUUUUUCUCUCGAGACAGGGUUUCUCUGUGUAGCUUUGGAGCCUAUCCUGGCACUCGCUCUGGAGACCAGGCUGACCUUGAACUCACAGAGAUCUGCCUGCCUCUGCCUUGGGAUUAAAGGCGUGCGCCACCAACGCCCAAUCUUCAUACUUCAGCUUCUAAAGUUCUUGGAUUACAAGUGUGUCCAACCUUACCUGAUGAAAGAACUAAAGUUUGAUUUGGGGCAGGGGUGUUGCCUAGUGGUAACAUACUUGUGUAAGGCCUCCAAGGCACUAGGUUUCGAACCCAAUCAUUUAAAAAAAAAAGUCUACUGAAAUUUUGAGUUUGCAGUUUGUUGUAAAAUGUGCCAACAUGUGGGCUUGUGUCAUCAAUAAUUAAAAUCAGUCUAUCUUAA